AUGACGGCAAAAAAGGAAGCCGGCCCUGUCAAGCCAGCUACGAAAAAGCCGGCCAUGGCUACAGCCAGCACGAAAGCUGAGAAGGAGGCCGAUCUGGUUAUGGGGACCAAUAACAGUAGUAUCGUAUCUAAACGCAGCGUCGAAAUGCUCUACUAUCCCAAGCCCCACUUCUUUCGGUAUUUCGUCAAAAAGCCCCAGCGGCGGUCGCCGUUGAUCAAUCGAGGAUAUUGGCUUCGUAUGCAUGCGAUGGCAGAGUCGGUGCGACAAUUUAUGAGAGAGCCUACGGGAAAGCCCAAGUUUGUCCUGAACUUGGGGUGUGGAUUUGAUCCCCUACCGUUCAUUCUCCUCAGUGAAGAUCCAUCCCUGUGUAGAGAUACGCAAUUCGUCGAUAUCGAUUAUGAGAAGCUCAUGAUCAAUAAGAAGACCGCCAUCAAAAGGACCGAUGAAAUCACACAGGUUCUCCAGGAUGUAGAGUUCCUAUCCGACGAAAGCGCCGUGCAAAUACGCAGCGCAAAAUACCUAGGCAUUGGAUGCGAUCUCAAAAAUCUCAAAAAGUUGGACGAUGUGCUCAGAGCCGAGGUCCUGCCCGCUGAGUGCUCAGUCCUCUUCCUAGCUGAGGUUUCCUUGACUUAUAUGGAUGUCAAGUCUGCCAAUGCGGUUGUCGAGUGGGCGUCAAAGUUGAACAACGAUGCCAAGUUCUGUAUUCUUGAGCAGUUCUUCCCCGACGGACCCGAUCAUCCUUUCGCCUCGACCAUGAUGAAACACUUCAAGAAGCUCGGAGCACCGCUGUACUCGAUUCAUGAAUACCCUUCACUUAACGAGCAAGAACAGCGGUUCAGGAACGCCGGAUGGCAGCAAGCCAAUGCCAGAAGUCUGUGGGAUCUAUGGUCGGAUGACGGAUUUGUGACCAGUUCGCUGCGAUCCUCCUUGGAUGCUGUGGAACCGUUCGAUGAAUGGGAAGAAUUCGCACUUUUUGCUUCCCAUUACUUCCUUCUUGUCGCCUCUACAUCACAAGGAGAAAUAGAUCGCAGCGCAGCAAAGCCCACGCAGGCCGAACAGGAAGCCGACGCAUCCAACCAGUACGCGCUUCUUGCAAAGUACCCGGCGGGAGGUGGCCAACGCAGGUUCGGAGCGCUUGUUCCAGAUGGCACAAACUCGGUCGGUUACCAUGCCGGGCUGGGACGGCAGACGCGACUAGCAACGACGGAUCUGUACGCGAACACAAGCGACGUCACCGGUCCUACCCUGCCUGUACCUUCCCGCGACAUCCCAGCCAGGAUGUGUCAUACCGUAACACAGCUAUCUGGUGGCGAUUGUUUACUUGUUGGUGGCCGGGCUUCACCCGCUGCUGGUCUUCAGGAUUGUUGGCUAAGACAGGGGACCCAGUGGCGUCCGACACAUAACCUCCCAAUCGAGCGGUUCAGACAUAGUGCGAUCAAAGUGAGCUUGAGCUCAGAUUAUGUCUUGGUCUACGGAGGAAAGACGAGCAAUGGCACGACGCUGGACACCUGGUUGCUAUGGAGCAAAGAGGACGGGUGGCAACCCGUUGAAACGGUCAAUGGAAGCCCAAAUGCUAGGUUCGGGGCAUGCCUGGCAAGCAUAGACAGUACGUCUGGAUUCCUCUUCGGAGGAAUUGGAGCGGAUGGCACUAUCGUGGAAGAUUUCUGGACAUGGAAGUUGCACCAGCGCAGUGACGGAUCGUACUAUGUGGAGUUGCACGAUGGCACAGAAAAGUUGCAGAAAGCUUCACCCACCUUUGAAUAUCUCAGCCGCUUCGGCGCCACCCUCAGUUGCUCCUCCCGGGGGUUGCUUCUUAUUGGUGGUAUCAUCCCUCGACAGAUUGUGCCCUAUGGAAAGGAAAUCAUGCUACUGAAUACGAAAGCGAUUGUCGAGUGCCUUACUGGCGACUCUGCAUCGCAGUCUGGUAACAUACUGUCUGCAAUAGGGCUUGGGCUAAACUUUGGUGGGCCAAGACCUUUACUGGUCGGCCAUGCGGCUCAUGCCAUCGACGCGGACGAGGUUUUGCUGCUGGGCGGUGGUGCAGUUUGUUUCUCUUUUGGGACCUUUUGGACGGAAGGCACCUGGCUUCUAAAGAACAUUGACACAGCUCUUGAGAACGAGUGGGGUCGGGUCUCUGAGAUUGCGCAACCGUUGAAAGCUGAGGAGCCGUCAGUGGAGCCAUCCAAUGUGGACCAACAAAGCACCAAGGAUGUCACAUCGAUUCCUCGUGUUAAGGUUGAAACUGCCGCGCAAUUCCAACAGAUACUUGUGGAAGGGAAACCAGUAAUCAUCGAAGGUUCCGACCUUGGUCCGUGCACCGAGCGUUGGACAAAGGAGUAUCUCGCGGAUGCUGUUGGCAGGGACCGCAAGGUUGUCGUGCAUGACGCUCAGUCCGACCAUAUGAGUUUCCAAACGAAGAAUUUCUCCUACACAACCAAGGAGUUCGGCGCCUUCCUGGAUGAAGUGCACGCGGGUGGUCGUCAAUAUCUUAGAAGUAUCUCCACUGAAGAGCCAACCAAACAACCUGCCAAAUUAGCCGUAGAUUUUCCCAAUCUCAAGGACGAUUUCAGACUCCCGGAGCCUUUUGCUAUGGUUGUUGAGAACGAACACAGUUCUCCACUCAGGAUCUCUGGACCAGUCACCCUGUGGCUGCACUACGAUGUCAUGGCAAAUGUUUUGUGUCAGAUCCGUGGCGAGAAGAGACUUAUCCUCUUCCCACCUAGUGAUGUUCAAUACCUCCAGGUCCCUGCUGGGGCAUCAAGCUCCACCCUUAACAUAUUUCAGAAUUCGGUAGACGGUUCAAUUGCUUCGGUGCCACACACGACGCCACAUGAAGCAAUUAUGCGUCGUGGCGACAUCCUGUUCAUUCCCCCGUUGUGGUUACACACUGCAUCUCCGACUGGCCAGGUCAGUGUGGCCGUGAAUGUUUUCUUUCGCAAUCUAUCGAAAGGAUAUGCAGCUGGACGGGAUGUCUACGGGAACCGUGAUUUGCAAGCCUAUGAGAAAGCGAGGACCGAUCUUCAGAAGAUGGCAAAGUCUUUUGAUGGCCUCCCGCCUGACAUGGCUCGUUUCUACUUGCUGAGACUUGCAAAGGAGCUCAGAGACAAGGCCGAAGCAUAG